AUGUCAUUUCGUGCGGUGAUAACAGACCUCGAUGGGACACUUUUCAACGAGAACCAUGAAGUUUCCCAGUACACUGCUGAGACGUUGAAGCUACUGCGGGACAAAGGCAUCCCUGUUGUUUUUGCCACUGGUCGUCCCCAUCCUGAUGUGCUUCAUACCAUCGACAGCUGCGGCUUGGAGGGCGGCUAUCUCAUUACGAGCAACGGGGCGAGGGUGUUUGACCCGGAGCGACACGUCAUUGCCUCACACGAUGUGGAUCCUGACGUUGUUGCCGAGCUUGUGACCAUUAAACUUGACGAUGAAGAUGAAGACGCAGAAGAGCCAUUGUUCACUGUCAACUUGUAUCAACAUGAAGAAUGGGUGACAAAUCAUGGUUUGGAAAGAAUGCUUGCGGCAUACCCGAAAUCGGGUUUCCGCUACAAGGAAGAUGAUCUAACGAAGCGUCCACUUGAUGGUGUACAUGCUGUGUUUUACGUAGGGAAAGAAGAAGUAUUGUUGCGUCUGGAGAAGAUACUGGAAAAACGAUUUGAAGGCCGAGUGGAACACAACCUGUCACUGCACUUUAUUCUUGAUGCUGUGCGACCUGGGGUCAACAAGGGCAGGGCGUUGUGCGAAGUGGCCCAGUUGAUGGGCCUAAGUGAAAAUGAUUUUAUUGCCUUUGGCGAUGGAAUGAAUGACCGCAAGAUGCUGCAACAGGCUGGGAAAGGUUGUCUUGUGGCGAAUGCCCAUCCACGGCUGAAGGAGGCGUUACCGCAGCUGGAAGUGAUUGGCACCAACAGGGAAGACGGCGUUGCAAAAAAGCUACGGGAGGUCUUUGGUCUAUAA